ACAAAAAUGGCGAUUGUUUGGAGAAAUAUGUAAAUUUCGAUGAAAGAUUUCGGUCGAAAUUACUGCUUUGGAGCAAAGAAAUGAGUCAGAUUCCCAACUUGAAGAAAGAAUGGUGAUCAUAACUUCGUAAGAAACAUGUCUCUGUUGACAAGAGGGGCAUAUCUGUGUGAUCAGGGUUGAGUUUCUUCUACAUUGGCGGCGUUCUAAUGAAAACCUGAAACAGCUGUUUUGUCGUUUUAUUACUUCUUGAUCAUUGUGACAGCUGAAAGGAGAAAGAAGGAGAAUGUCGAGGCUUCUCAAGUCGACACGGGCUGAUCAAUGUAAGUUCUAAGGAUCUGCGCUCUUCAGCAGUCAUGAGACUUAGACAUUGUGCGGUAUGAAAAUAUAAUAAUUAUUUGAAUGCUCAUUUGGCCUUUUAAUACUGUAAACAAUCGCAUAUAAGAACAUAUGGAUUAGGAAAAUCAGGCUGAAAGUUGGCCAUUAAGGCACCAUGUAUACAGUGUAUAUAUAAGAGCUAAUUCAGCUUGAUAAAUAAAACAUGUUUUUAUAUAAACGAAAUUGGAUGCCAGAAUAAGAAACCAAUGUGGUACAGUAGGGGAGGGGCUGCUAGUCUGGAGAGCCAAGGGUGGAAAGGUGACUGGUUAUUUCGCUUACACAUCAUUUUGCCAAUGUCCCAUUUUUGCAAACGUUUCAAGUCAUUUUGCUCACAAAACAAAACCAGGGCAAAGCAAGUUUAUAUCACAUUUUUUGGUUAUGACAUGAAAGGUACAAUUCAGAUGUUUACACCUUCAAUUGGUGACAAAAUUAGUUGAUAUACUUUGCCGUAAAGGGCCCUUCCCUUGUUUUACAGACUUUAAAAGUGUUAAAUAAAGCUUUCUCUCCCCAAUCUCCAUGAAAAUGUAGUGCUGCUCUUCAAGAUACCUGUAGAAACAACCAACACCCCAACUUUGAAUGGAGGGGUACAGUACGGGGAGGGAUGUGGAUUGUUUUGUUCUCUAAAGUUACCCUAUUUGAGUAUAAUUUCUCAACAAUUUUGGCGCUGAUUGUUGCUCUUUAAGCCAUUAUCAGGCAGGAGAAGUUAGGGUGUAAAAUAUUUAAGGUAUUGCUCAAGAGCUAAAUUGUAAGCUUGAGCAUUCACCCAUCACAUAAUUUUCAUUAAGCGUUAGUCUAAUUAAAAUCCCCUUUGCUCAACCAUUCAGCCAGUCCAGGGUCUUUAUAAUAAUAAUAAUAAUAAUAAUAAUAAUAAUAAUAAUAAUAAUAAUAAUAAUAAUAAUAAUAAUAAUAAUAAUAAUAAUAAUAAUAAUAACGAAUAUUUAUACAGGAUAGCCCUUCAGUGCAAGAGCACUGUUAUCAAAGGGGUCCUGUCAUAGACCUACUAAACAUUUCUCAGUUUCAACGUGCUACAUGUGCUCGAGAAAAUUGAUUGUUCUUUAAGUAAUUAAGAUUUUCUUAUUUUUGUGACAUAUCAAUAAUUUUAUUGACACUGCAUGUUAACUAUUUUUUAAAUCUGUGAUAGUUAAUGCCAAAGUACAUGGUCUGAAGGAGAUAUUUAACCGACUGGACAGACGAACAUAUCCAUUACCAACAGGAAACGAUGUUGCCAACUACUUAAAAUGGUUUCAGCAUACAUUGCAAAGGUAUUUCAGUCUUCCGUUGUUAAUAUUGGGUGGAAAUAUGUAUUUCUUGAUGGGAGUGAUCUAUAUGUUAAAUAUCAUUACUAAAGAUUUGUUUGGAUUUAGUUCUUUGUGGUUGGACGGAAACAUUUUCUUUAAAUGUAUUAUUAGCUAUUAUAAUACAGGUAUAUUUUAACAGGAAAGAGUCCAUACUAAAAAAAUGUUUAUUCCAAAAAUUAUACAGUCAAACCAUGCUUCAGGGACAUCUGCUUAAUACGAACACCUUAUUAUUACCGACAGUUUGCUUUGUCCCUUAGGAAGAAAGCCCUCACAUUUUUUCUAAAUUCAAGCUGCAUAAUACAGACACUUUCUAUGGUACCCUCAGUUUCCAUAUCAAUGGGGUUUGACAAUAACUUUUGAUAAACCUUUCAAAAUAUGGCAGAUUCUAGUAGAUUUACCAUCAAAUACAUCAUCAGUAAUUAUCUGAUGCUUAACACUCAUUGGACAACCCCGUUAGUCAGGAGUGGUCAGAAAGUUUAAAGUAGGCAGAUUUCUGUUGAAACAGGUGGCUGACUUUGUCAUCUUUUGCUAAAAAAUCAGAUGAGUAGCUCAGCAAAGUAGCUGGCCAAAAAGAGAAAGUAGGUGCAGCUUUUCAUCUUUUUGCGGCAGUGUUUAACAACCUUGACAGCAAGGUUGUACCUUUUGUUACCUGAUAGUUAUUUUAUGCUGCAUAUUUUGGGCAGGUGGGUGGUGGGGGGGGGGGGGGAUAGGUACUUUUUAUAUUGACCUAUACGGGGGGCCCCCCCCUGAAAUGGGGUACCUUUUUCGGGUUUCAGAUAUAGGAAGGGGUGGGGGUUUCACUGUUUGUGGUAUAUAAAAGGGGAGGGAAGUGGUUUAAAAAACAGCAGGGAAGUAAGGGAAAGUUACUGGCCAAAAAGGGAAAGAUGUGGAGGUUUUUUACUUUUUUGCGGGAGGUUUUAAAAACCUUGGAGAGAAUGUUUUUCUUUUUGUGACCUGGUUGUGGUUUUAUGGUUCUAUUUUGGGGGGCGGGGGGGGGGGGGGGGGGGGGGGAUAAGUACUCUGUAUAAUGACCUAUACAGGGAGCCUCCACCUGAAAUGGGGUACCUUUUUCAGGCUUCAGAUAUAUGAAAGUGUAGGGAUUUCACUAGUUGAUGUAUAUAAAAGGGUAGGGAAAUGUGUUAUGUCAGUCUGUAAAAAGGCCCAAAGGGGCUCAAAGAAGCAUUUUAUGGCUCUGAAAAAGUUGGCAAAAUGUUUUGGUUCAUUUGAUUUAUUCAUAAGAAAAAGACAGUGCAUUUUCAGCAGUUAAAAGGGAUGCAGUGUUCUAAACUAGGUACAUGUGGUACAAGGGGUACCAUUUGUCAAUUAAAAGUAUGAAACGGGUACCUUUUUUUUGUCAAAUAUGACAGCUGCUAAUAUCAUUGUUAUAAUAUUAUUGUACUUCAAUUUUAAUCAAAUGACUGUUAUUUCACACUCUUAGUCAACGCAGCAUUUUGUUUUAAAUUUUAAUGUUUUGUAGAUGUACAACCCUCCAAAUUACAACCAUUUUGGUUGCCAUGGUGCCUAAAAUUUUAGAGCUGGCGACUUGAUUGGUAGAAAAUCGCGACUGAGCAGAAACUAUAACUAGGAAGGUUGAUAUAAUGUGUUGCAUGUAAAGUAAUAACUGGCAUUUGUUCUUUAUAUUAGUUUGGUAAAAGAAACACGCCCAGUGUUAACAGAAGACAGACAGUCAUUUGAUCGGCAGCAAUAUCCUAGCAUGGAUUACACUGGAUUGUAUAAGGCUCUUGGAAAAAUUGUUAAUGUUGUUCCUGUUGUGGAGAUUGGAAUUGAAGGUACAUAAUAGAAAGGCAAAAUGUACUCACAUCUGUGUUUGUUGUUAAUUAUUGUAAACUUGUAGGAAAUAACAGCUAGGCCUUUGUACAUAAUGCUUUUGUUUCUCCACUAACAUGCUCCACCUUAAUGGUCCGUUUUUCCCCAAAAUACUUGGUCACCCCCAAAAAAGUCACUAAAAUGCUUGAUAAUGCUCAUCAUAGCAAGCCCUUUCAUUAAUUUUAAAUAUUUUAAGGGGAUUUAAGGCUAACAAAAGUGUGUAAGAGGUAUGACAACAAUGCAUACAAAUAAAUAGGUUUAAUACAGCAAAACAUGGUCAUCUCAGUGCAUGGCUAUAUUAAGUCAUCAUUUCUGUUUAAAAAAUGUUAUAAUUUUCAUUUUCUUUUAGGAAAAAAACUAAGUUUUUGGAAAAAUGCCACUAAAAUGCUCGAAUUAUGCUUUAUGCUUUUUGCCUAACUAAAAUGCAAAAAAAAAUGCUAACAUAAUGUACAAAGCAACACCUUACUAUUUUUUCUUUUUUUGUCAGCAUUUGCCGAUAGUGUUUUGUCAAUCAUGGCUUCAUUGGUCCCAUUCUUGAAAAAGGAAGACCUCAAUUCCAUGCCUCUUGGCCUAGCAAUGACAUUAUCCAUAUGGCCACAGUCAACACAUAAUAACAUCAUAAAACUGCUUGCUGGUUACAUUCUUCCAGUUUUGCUAGGUAAGGCCAUUGCUUGUAUAAUUGAGCAACAAAUAUAUGUUGUGGUUUAAAUUUUAAUUCCCUUUGUUUUGUGGUAUGGUAAUGUAUGAUAAUGAGUUUAAAACAUUUUGGGAAAUAAAAUUUGAACCAAGGAUAAAAUUGAACCACAACAUUAUAUAGAGUGUAUGUGAAGUGCUUCACAAAAUACCAAAGAUUAUGCUCUUAGUGUGGUCUUUUGUGUUUUUUAUGCCUAUUUGGGUGUUAUCAGGCACUAGCAACUUGAAAUUGCACAAAAACAAAUUUUUUCUUAUAUUAUGUUGAGGCCUUCUUAGAGAGGGGUACACUAUACGUAUGUCCCCAGUCUGAAUUUCAAAUGCAGUUGUUUAGCAUAUUAAGGAGUAGGGCAUGUCGCUGUCGGUAGAUUUCCAUUGUACUUUUGAUUUUCCUUAUUUCUCUGGCAGUUUCAACCCAUCUUCAUGUUGUUUAUCGCCAUUUAUUUGUCUUAUGUAGCUGUUUCAAGGCCAGGUCACUUGUUGCAAUUUAUCCCUAACAGGCCUGGCCUCUAUACUAUGGUUAGGAUCAAAGGUGUAAUAUCUGUAUUUCUAGUUGACAGCAGCCAUUAUACAGCUGUAGAUCAUUAUAUUUACAGUGAAUAUAAUUAUGAGAUUAGUUGAAGGGUGCAUGACAUCCUGCUGCCUCAAACAGUUUGGAUGGUCUGCCCGUGAUAAACCUUUGUCAUUGCCUUAGUCUUUGCCCUUCUUUUACUGAUCCUUAUUUUACUUAUUUGGUGUAUAAUCCACUUGCUUUGGGUGAAGCCUCCCAUGCAGAUGUUCAUGGGGAAGAAAUUCCUGACAAAGCCCCAAGAACAUGGGUGGGAAGUCACUUGGGAUGCCAUAGGGUCAUAAAUUGAAAAAUAAAAACUUCUCUGUAAAUGAUUAUUUGGACCUUGAGCUUGCUUGAUCAGACAUAUUUUUUAUGCUCAUAAUUGCUUUAAAUUGUUAUCAUCAAUCAUGGUAGGUGUCUUAAAACCAGAUGAGAAUGGACUGUCCUAUGCAUCUCUCUCCUGCCCCUCACUCAUCAUGUCCAUAUUGCAGUACUGCCCUGACUGUAAACAGCAUGCACAGUUUGUGGAGACAUUGAUGCGCUACAAAAGUAAUGUUUGCCUUGAUAUUCUUGCCGUGUUGGCUUAUGGUCCUCAGCCUGUAAUCAAUUCUGCUGGACAGGUUCUACUCCAUUACUAUCCACUCAAGGAUGUUGGUAUGGUUGGUUAUUAUGAGACACCUUUUACAAAUUAUGCAUGUAGAUUCAAAGAAAAGCACGACUUCACGACUACAAGGACAAAAUUUUUUUCAAUACAAAGUAAUGCGCACACGUGAAUCGGUGUCAUUUUGGCGGGAAAACGUGGUAACCACUGUCAUUCUACUGAGGAUGUUGUAGAUAUAGAAACAAGUUUAAUACCAAAUGUCAGAAGUUUUCAUGCAAUCUCGGGAGACACAAAUAACAAUGGUGAAAUGAACAAAUGCUGGUGGACAAACAAAGGGAGCUAAUGAGCGAUCUUUUGUUUACCGUCCACCAGCAUGGCAGUGAUGACGUAACGUGAAAACCACCUAAACAUCCUUCAAUAAAAAUAACCGUGCUGACUAAGCUUUAUUAUACUUUUUUAAAACUUUCCGGGGUACAUGUAUAUAUUUUAUUGAGAAUACACAUUCUCGUAGUCAUUCUCGAAUCUAAAGGUCUUAAUUAUCUCUUUUUUAAAUUUCCAUUUGUCUUAAGGUUCUAGCUGAUAUUACAGUAAUUGUGUUUUAAAAAGAACGGUGAUGGAUCUGCCUAAUGUUAGGCUUAAACUCUAUUGAAGUGAAAUAUGGGACAAGAAAAAAUCUUGAAACAUAGGUUUUAGAAACCCCCUAAUAAUUUAUACCAAACCCAAUUUCUUUUCACACUCAUAUUCUCUAAUUUUACCCACGAUUUUUUGAACCAGUAAUUUUCCUUUCCCUGUAGUAGGCUAAAAUAAUCAACAAUUCACAAUGUGUUUAUUUUGGUCAUCAGCAUCAUUCAGUAUAUUCAUUGCUAAUAAAAUUCAGUGCUUGGAAAUGGCCAUAGAGAGUGAUGAACAUUUUAUUCAUACCACUAUCACUGGCUAUGUCAGUUCAGUGGUUUUGCAAUUUUUAGAAUCAAUUUACCAAUCUCUUAUUGGACGGUUUAGUGUGUAGUAUAGUGGGAUAUUUUUACUGGUCUUCUGUAUUUUAACUGCCCUAUGGGCUCGCCAAAAAACGGGGUGACUCGUAAAAAUGUCCCACAAUACUACACACUAAACGGUCCAGUAAGAUAUAUUUAUCCGACCUACUAGUAUGGAGGUCUUCUGAAAUCGAAGUCUCAGUUCAAACCGCAACUGAGAAAUGACCUUCCUAUAAAAAAAAUAUUUAUAUGAGGAUGCAUGGAGAACGUUUUUAUGCCAGUUGAACUUCAUACUCGCUCAAGCGUGACUUCGUAGACUAUGCCUACAAGCGGCAGUAGAUUAGAUGAUUGAAGCUAGCAUUCCUCUGUAGCUCUGUAGUUAGACCUUUCUGUUUGCACUUUAAGGUGGAGCUGAUGAUUGGCAGUUUGUGUACGAGCCAUGGCACCCCGCUAAUUGCCAAAACGUUGAGUGCGCAGUUCCUCACAAAAACACGCCCACAAGUAUCUGCUUAGAUGCCUCAUAUGCCGCAGGACAGUGUUCCUCAUCACCACCUGUGUUUAUUUGUGAGAAAUGCGCUGCGGUAGCUGCUCAAGAUAUUCCUGACAAAUCACUGAUCAUGAAAAUCAUCCAGCCAAUGGGAAAGAUGCGCACAACAUGUGAGACGAAGGAAUGUAAAGGUCAAGGGAAACCCUGCAGUGUGAUGUGCUUUUCUUAUGAAUGCGUCAAAGAUAACAGGUGCUAAUGUGGGAAUUUCCCCCCCCCCUUACCAGUUUUCUCUCACGCCCUCGCCUCCCCCCUCCCCCAGUUUUCGUACUGGUCCACCAACUUUGACCCGUGAACUAAGAGUUGAAAAAUUUGUGCUGACUUUAAAUAUAUCAAGUGGAGAGGACACGCACUGUUGUCCCCCUACCCAUCAUGCAAUGUGUGGGGGAGAAGGGGGUGGGAAGUGAACUUGCUGAAAGAAAGUGACAAAAAACUUUGGCUUGUCAGUGUUUACUGUUAGGUAGAAAAUGAUUUUCAUGCUGAAUUAUAUUUGCAACAAAAUCGUAAACAUGCACUUGACAAAAUCCCCGAAAUGUUUUUAAAUUGUGAACAAAAUUCCUACCAAGUGACGUUUUUAAUUUACAAAAAGUUACUUUUUUCAAUUUAUCCAACUGAUUUGGUAAAUACCAAAACAACUAUCCCCCUCAGAGUCUGUGAACAGCGCUAGAUGUAUACCUCGACGCUUCGCGUCUCGGUACAUAGACCACUAUCCACCUCUCUUUCGGGGGAUAGUUGUAUACUAUUCUAACUAAAUUAUUUACAAAAUUAAACGUUGAAACUGGUAAUGUCAAGGAAGCCUAUGUAGAAGCCGGGGACUUAUACUCGAGGGGCUUCCUGGAACUAUAGGGUAAACCACGUGAGUUAAGGGUACUAACACCAUUUUUACUUUUUUUAAAAUUUGUGUUGCAAAUGACCUAUCGGUUGCUUAUCUCAACCGAUAUAAGUUUUUCCGGUAAUAUUUUUCAGGCUGAGAGCUUUGACCAUGUGUCAGGAAUGCCAUAUACGCUAUCACACCGGUGAAGGUGGAUAUAACCAUGUGACACAGAAUUUGUUCCCAGACCCCUGGACUUUGGAUGGGCCUGACCAAGCCUACCCCACAGAGGCGGUGAUUCGUCUGUUAGGAGAAGCACAGCCAAAUCAGAAGGCGAGGAAUGAUGCUAUGGGGUGGGUUACGCUUUGACACACAUGUAAAUGUAUUCAGUUUAUUCGAAAAACUGUGAAAGGUUUGAACCCAGGGGUCAUUGGAUAAGUAGAUUGAGCAUGAUCUUCCAGGUGGACGUAGUCCCGAAUAGGACUGUUGUUGGCAGUGACGAAGAAGGUUCCAAUAUAAAUAGAUUCUUACACUUACGAUGCCUUAACCCUACAACGAAGAUCUUUCAAGAGCUUCCCACCUUCUUGGUGUCAUUUUCAAUGGCGCUGAAGUACUCAGUCAAGCAAGAGCGAAAAGACCAUUGCACUUUCUUCAUAGUCGCAUACGCUUUAAGUCUUUCUAAUGACAACCCGAAUCAGCUGUAUGCAAGUACUGUGUACCGUUUUUAUAAAGUUGAGAAGCAAGUUUUUAAUGAGAGGUUGAAAGUAACAACCCAGAAAACUUCAGCACGCGGUUAACAACGACGAAGGGAAGUAGAUUAUGUGUUAAACACAUAUUUUCUGAAUAACAGCGUUACACGUUCUUGUGGAAGGAACGGGUGACAUACGAGGUCUGCGUAACGGACCCCAAGAUGACCUUUUUAAAAACCGGGCCCAUGACGAAUCCCUCCGAAGAUCUGAGGAGGGGCUCCUUUGCGGCUCUGUUUUAUGUAUUGCGUUUCUUACUACGCAGGGAAUCGACUUGAUCUAAAAGCGGUUACCAAUGUUCUUCGAAAUUUCGAAACCAGCUUAUUCUCAUUGUAUCCCCACGACAGCAAUGAGCUCGUUAAUCAAAUAAUUGUUAUCCUUUUAUAAUCAGCCUAGUCUGAUCAGCUUCUGUUCGUCUUUCAUUUACCAGGCUAGUUCAAGGAAAACUUGAAGACGACGAGUAUGAAGAUGACGUGGACAACGACAUUAACAACCGUCGCAUGCUUAGCAGAUUUGGAGUCUGGCUUCUGGUUGGUGUUUGCAGUGAGCCUGCGAGAUGUGAAUCGGCGGAGCGGUUGGGUCGAUUAGUGUCUAUGGUGCUGUCAUGGAUCGAGACAACCUCAACACUGAGACGAGACUAUGUGGGAGAGUUGCUCAAACGGCUCACAAGUCAGUAUGUUUGCCGCUGGUUGUUACAAGUUCGAGACAGCAAGUCAGAGUUGCUCUGCGCAUGCCUAACACCUGAUCCUCCGGCAUAUGUGAAGGUUGGAGGAUGCUGGGAUACCAUGUCGAGCAAGGCCCGUCAGCACAUGGAAGGACUUCACCGCCUAUGUUGUUUGGUUCCCCAUAAUCUUGUCACACCUGAGGUAAGGAGAGGAACUUCGGUAAACUGCAUUCUUUUGGACACUGCGUAAAAGUAAGUUGUAUCGCGUGAGUUGAUGGUAUUUAAGUCCGGCUAUUGACCUGACUGCUCAAUUAAGUGGCGAUGAUAUUGGUGGUCUGUCAGUUAGGCCGUGAUGUUAUUGGCUAUGACGAAGAUGUGUCGUAACCACAGACAGUCCAAUGAGCCAAUCGGUUUUCGAGGAGGAAAGCGCAAGGAGACAACGUGGUUUUGAUUUGAAAUCCGAUUGGUGCAGCUAGAAAGUUGUACAUGAGCUGUAGCCAAUCACAGAACAAUACUAUUUGAAGCAAAUUCGAAUUAGUUUUGGCGCGAGCUCAUAUAGGAUCCUGGUUUUGGUUUUUAAGAUGAAAGUCAAAUCACGGUCCUCAAUUUUGUUGUUAUUUUACGUUCUGCAGGUCUGGGAUACAAUUAUGCCUCAGUGGAUGGAAGCGAUCAAAGCAGACGUUCCUCCGGAUGACUUGGGAAGGUUUAAAGUCUUGUUAACGUAAGUUUGUUGAAUUUUGGACCAUAGGCUGUUCACAGUCCCAGUCCCAGUCCCUUUCAAUCUUCCUCAAGAUUGUUCAUCUGUGCCUCAUUUUGCAUUUGCUGUGUUACUUAUACUUUCUUUUACGUCGCCGCCGCCCGCACACCGCCCGCACACCUCCCGCACACCUCCCGCACACCUCCCGCACACCGCCGCUCGGUUAGCUCAGUUGGGAGAGCGCCGGUCUGCUGAGUGAGAGGUCGCGGGUUCAAACCCCGGCCGGACCAACACUCAGGGUCUUUAAAUAACUGAGGAGAGAGUGCUGCCUUUGUAAUAUCAUCUCCAAACGGUUAGACGUUCCGUAGUCUUCUCGGAUAAGGACGAUAAACCGGUGGCUCCGUCUUACAAGCCCUUGCACAUGUAUUAAAUCUGUGGGAUGUUAAAGAACCGACACACUCUUCGUAAAGAGUAGGGCACGUAAUUCCCGGUGUCGUGGUCUAUCUCACUUUGACACUCAUGUUUGGGGGCAUCAUUACUCAUUCCUUCAUUACUUGUAAACUGCACCUUAAACAGUCUGGCAAAGUCUCCCAACCAGUGUUGUAAAUUAUCCCUGAAAAGCCCUGAGGGGAGUGGUUAAUAAGAUUUUUACAAUUUACUGUUUUGAGCGGUUAUUUUUAUGUUCUACUCAUACUCAAUUCAUUGUCUGAAUUUUGAUAAAUUUCGUGACACAGCUCCUUUAGAUACAACUGUAUUUGCCUCAUAUGGUAAGGUGAUGAAACUUUAUGACAUUUAUAGACAUCUUUUCUCUUUAAACCUUUUUCGAUUAAUUUUAUACAGGAACCUUUUCGAUCCUCUACUUUCUCCGCUCAAGAUGCCCUCCGACACAACUUUAAGCUUCAUACGAAGAUCACUAGAGUCUUCUGUGCCUCGUCACCAAGUUGAGGCUCUCACUUGGCUUCAGGUAAGUAAUCUGUUUAUAUUAAUGUGACCCGGGACAAAACAAAGCUCUUAACCUCGAAAAAAGGGACAUUUCUUUUCUCUUUCGCUUCCCUGAAAGAAAGUAUUCCAUGUUAAGGCGAUUUUAAUGUACAACAAGUUAGAGUCUAGACAUCCAACUUUUUAAAUCAACUUUCUCUUUACCACUGCUUAAAUUGCGUCUUUACCUGGGAUGAUCUUCUUUGCAUUAUUUCUUCAUUCCGCGGCUCCAAUAUAUGAAAUUAAUAUAUUUUUAUCAUUUCAACGUCUAGGACUAAUAGAACGAGGAAAAUAAAAUUUAUAGCUGUCUUUUUUCAACCUUUUGUUUUUCGCAGAUUUUAUCUCAGCUUGAUAUCAUUAUCCGGCUGGAUGUUCUUCUCAGCAUGUUUAUCAAAGUUGUGCAGAACUCGUCUGAAUUCUCUGAAGGAGUCGCCACCAUGUUCCCUUUUCCCAUGUCUUCUGUGCCGUCACCGCUGUCCACAACUGCAGAAGGCUCAGUGAUCCCAACGCCGGUCAGCGGUGCAAUGUCUGCAGACCUUGGGGAGCUGAGUUCCAAUCUGUCGUGCUUUAUCAUGGAACUUGAUUUACUUGUAAAACAGGUAAUUGCUCCAACUUUAAUCGCAGAAAAUUAAUUUUGUCAAUCGAGUUAAAGUAAACUCAAGUGAUGCUUAUAGGUGGUUAAAAACAAACAAAAAAAAAACUGCCACCCCCAAAAGUGGUCGCGGUCGUUACCAGCGGUUCCAACUAUAGAGCGUUGACUGGCAAAAUUCAGGUGUUUUGCAGCGGUGUUCCCUAAUAGGAUGUUUUCUCACUUGGAGAAUCGACUGUGUAUCGAAUGAUUUACUCACCCCAGCCUCUAUAAACUAUCCCCGUUAUUUACGUCCGUCUUGCUAUUACGGAAGACAAUCUCUUUUGGUAGUCUCUGCGCCGCUUUCGAUCGGUGUGUUUUCCUGUUGAUUUACGUGUUUUAGAUCCAAGUAUGGGAAUGCACAAAGCUUAAACGUUUGAGCCUGUGAACGAAAUUUUGGCUUACGUUUGUGUGGUGCUGUUUGUUUUCAAUAUUUUCAUAAUGAAUUUUGGGCCCUUUCCUCAGCAUUGCGGCUGUUAAAGUUUUAAUAUGAGGGUUUGUUUAAUGUCCAUGUCAAAGCUUUCACAUUUUGUAUCAGAAAUCGCACGUUUUCCUUCCUCUUCAAAAUCCAGUUUUCAAAUUUAAUUCGUCCUAGAAAAAGUGUACGUAAGAAUCAUCAUUUGCUUACGUUUUUAUUGAUUCAUCAUGUUCUUAAUGACAGAUAAAAAUUCAGUUUAUUCGCGAAAGACACGUCCCAACCAGCUCCGAAAAAGAGGACAUCAAGAAGCUUCUGAAGUGCAUGUUGGAUAUCUCUUGGGCCGGUAAACAUGGCGACCACUCUACGAUAUGUGAGAUGUGUAACAUGACAAGUAUUUGGUUUAAAUUGGCGCACAUGUUACUGGAUCAUGUAUUCCCGGAUGGUGUUACGUUAGCUGCUGCUGAUGCGCGUGGUUCUGUGGUAUCUGGAGGAGGUCUUGUCAGAACCAGUUCCAGCGGUAAAGCUGUUUCCAGUAGGAGUCUGUGUAAGUCUCUCCAAGGUGCUUUUCUGACGCACCAACACGGUGCAAAAACUUGCGUAAUUUAGUCUUCAAAUGUGCGCAUUUAUAUCAUUACACGUAGACUUUUAACAAUUUUCGCACAAAGGUCAGACUUCAGGGCUUAACGGCCGGUCAAAGGACAAGUUCCGGUCGAAAAAAACCUCUGUCCGAUUGAAUCCUUGGGUGACCGGACAUUUUGUCCUGUCGUUAAAGCCUCAAUUGGAAAAUUCAAUUCAAAUUUUAACAAAGGUUGGACAUUAUUAGCUUUCGUGAAUAAAAAAUAGGUAGGUGGAGGAAAAAACAAUAAACAAACUGUUUCCGAGGGAAAAUAGGUUUUAUCGGACAACAUGACCGGCGCUAACCUGGUAAUUAUUUCAAGCUCUGAGGCUGGUCUCAACACGACACAGCAAUCAGUAGUAAACUGUUGUUUGUGUGUUUUGGAUUCUCCUAGAACCGACAGAUAGAAAAAUACCAAGUUCAAUGCUACGUCUCCUGUUUGCAAGUUGAUUAACAUUCUUGUUUAAUCUCGAACCCGGGUUGUUGUUCCGUUUUUUAGCCUCAAACAAAAGCCAAGUCGAAACGAUCGAUGAAGAAGUGUUUAGAGAAAAUCAGCAAGAAGACUUCUCAGAUGUUACUGACAGUUGCCAUGGUGACAAUGACCCUGAACCCGAGAAUGGUCCCAGUGAGGGGGAUGCCCCGUCUGAGCUAAACGAAAAUAUCAUGUCAUUUGCUGCCAUGCACACAAUGACGGGAGCUAUCGGCUCGUGGAGGAGUGGGACGAGUAGCGUUAGCUGGAGCGUGGUGUGUGACAAUUUCCCACAACUGCAUCUGUUGCUCGGGUUUCUGAAGGUACGAACCUGUGUGAAUGAACCACAGGAAGCCCACGUGUAGUUAACUAGUUUCACUAAAUUCACUUCCAUAAUCACUUAAGGAGGAGACACAAGUCUGAGGUGUGACCAAUCAAAUAAAUUCAUGAACCUUUGCAGCGGUGCUUUCUCGUGGUUGUAUUUAUCAUGCUGUACCAACGGGUUUUAACUUUUGAAAUGUAUGACGUGGCCGUGAAACUAAAACCUCUUCAGCAGCACUUCACUUUGGUACUACAGUUGGGUACUAGCCUGUGUACAGCAGCCCGCUCCCCUCUCUCCGCCAUUUUGUUUGAGGGGAGGGGCGACUAUACUGUACACAGGCUAGUACCCAGCUGUAGUACCAUAGAGAAGUCCUGCUGAAGAGGUUUUAGUUUCAUGGCAACGCAAUACAUUUCAAAAGUUAAAACCCGUUGGUACAGCAUGAUGAAUAAAAACUACGAGAAAGCACCGCUCGCUCCAAAUGUUCAUGAAUUUAUUUGAUUGGUCACACCUCAGACUUGUAUUCUUAUUAUGCUGUAUAAAAUAGUGCGACCAUUCAAACGAAGCCUUUUUAGCAGCACUGCUUAUAUACAUGGUGCUAUUUAUGCUGUAUCCACAAUUUUUGCGUCUGUGAAUGAAAUUCUACGUUGCGGACAUUAAAAUGAAACCUCUGUUGCAGUUUUUUUUUCACACGAUGUCAUUUCUGAAUUCUAAGUAUUUCACACAUUGAAUUUUAGAGUUAACAUGCUUUUGUUUUUGUUUUAUCUGUAGGAGCUGCCUCGUCAAGAGGAUCAUAAUGUACAGCUGAGUAUCCUGAGUUGUUUAAAGGUUCUGGUCCUUCAAGGUGACUACCUGCGAAUCGCUAUGGAUGCUGACGGAGACUUCUUGGCUUAUCUGCAAGAGAUCUUCUUCAUUCCUAAGUAAGAUAUUGUUGAAUCAGAAAACCAAAUUUUGCGAUCGUUGACUUCCGCUUGUCAUUAGGGAGCUUAAGCAACGACGACGGCGACGUCAACGAGAACGGCAAAAAAGCAAUAGGUUUAGAUUGGCAAAACAACCACUUUGCAAUAAAUAUCAUAACAGACAAAGUGAUUACUCUGAUUACUAUAGCUCUAUUGGCUACUCUAGAAACUAGGCAGAGUAAACUUUCGGAAAGACUUCUGGAACUGUUGCUGGGGACUGGGAAUAAAUUGGCCAAUAGCUGACCGACACGUCCCGAUUUCACGAUCCCAGAAAUCUUUGCGAAAGUCAACUCGGGCCAGUCUCUUUAUCGUUUCUAAAGAGGCGAAUUCGGCUCACUGAAGUAAUGAGUCCGUCCAUCUUUUUUUCUUUUCAGCAUCUGGGACCUUGUACAAGCCGAGCACUCGGAGAUGUCACAGCUUUGUGUCCAGAUAUUACUCCACUGCAUCUGUCUCCCUUAUGGCGCUGAGAAACUCUGCGAUGAAGUAGAAAAUGCUUUCUCAGAUGAUGACUGGCGAGAACGCUCAUCCGCUGUGGAAAAAGUCGCGGUCAUUGCACGCUGUCUGGAAAAAGAAAACAUCAAGUCCAAUAGCCUUGUUAUGUCCGCCCUGGCGCACUGCUUUACGUAUUUAGUUGGAGCUGUGGAAGAUGUUUGCACACCGGUACAUCUUAGGUAAAUUCCAGUGAAUAACAUAGCUGGUGCUUUUAAAAAAAUUACUGUUUAGCUUUCCUAUCUCUUUUUGUGCGCACUGACUUUCAACGUCUGUCUACGUCCGUCCGUCCGCCCGUCCGUAAAGGUAUUUCUAUUGUCCUCGUAACGUCUUAUUCAGAGCCGAAGGUACUUCGUUCGAUAGCCCGUAUCGCCCUUUUUGUUCCCGGCGAAUUUAAUAGAUUUGCUUCUUUUUUCUUUUUUUAAGCCCAACAAUUUAAUAUCAUGAAAGUACAUUAAUCAUUUUUUAAAAGAAAUAAAUGUGUAAGAAGUUAUUAAGUUACAGUCGAGAUCCCCGUUCGAUCGAUACUCGAUAGCGCCUUUUCUUUCGAGUACUUUGCCAACCUUGUUGUUUUUUUUUUUCGCUUAAAAAAGCAAGGUAUAUGAGUGAAACAACUAUUAAAUAAUUUCAAUUUGCUCGUUUGAAUUAGUUUUCCUCGUAGCACACAGCUUUAACGUUUAACCUCAGGAGCAGAGAUAUUGGAAUCUAUACCCGGUAACGCCCAUAUUUUCUUCGAAAAAUUUUAUACCUUAUUUUUCCUUCUUGUUUUCUUUUUUAUGGUUACUGGAGUACUGACUAUUCAUGGCCAGUAAGCACAUGUCUUCUCAAGGGAUUAUUAUUUUUCGAUUUAAAUGACAUGGCUUAUAUUUUGGUGGAUCGGUGAUUGACGUGGAAUUUUCGGUUUAUCGACGGUCUCGAUGGGGUUAGCUAAACAACAAUUUAAGGUGUAGGGUGUAAAAAAAUAAAAACUUUUAAUCGCUAGUCGUAAAAACGUUCGGGGUCACUUAAGGUAAUUCCCUUGAGAAGGAUGUACUGUUUUUUAUUUUUUCAAACUUGGCACAAUUGGUUAUACUUAUUUCAGAGCCGUCUCCAUGUUAGACACUAUCAAAGCAUCCUCUCUCAAGGUCCUUUACAAGUGCAUCGAGCACCAGUACGAUGCAGUUCCUAAAGAUCGUCUCUUGUUGAUUCACACCUGCCGGAUAUUGCACCGAAUACUGCCUCACCAUACCCCCCUUUGUGGCAAGUUUUUCAUCAGACGCUUCAAGCAUUUGCUAAUUGAAAACGCGGAUUUCGUGUCACUCGGAAGUCCGAGCAAAGGACGCACUUCGUCUGGUUUAGCUGCCAAUGAGACGGAUACCGGAAGUGAAUAUGCGAGGAAAAUUGGUUUGUAACCACGUGUCUUAUUAACAGUUAGCAGUUUGCUUUAUUGUAUUAAUUAAGAAAUAACAAAAUAACCAUUUUGUCGUCGUGGAAAUCACUUCAGGAAUAAUGUUAUGUGAACUAAACAAAUUAUAAGCUCAUCCAGCGCCCAAUUUAUCACUUCCAGCACAUUUAUGCUCGAGAUUUGUAAAGAAUAACAGCCCUUCAGUCCUCAAAUGGUUUAGAAUUCUAGCUCUGUCAUGCAGACUUUUUCUCUUCGUUAUGAUAUACAUUUUAGAAAUAAAACUAAAACUGUUGAAUUCUCUUUUUUGUCACUGGUACUCUCUAAAUAGGCCACUUCCGAGUCUAACAACCCUCACUUUCAAAAUGAGGCCAAGUACACAACCUUUCAUGUGAAAAUGACUUUUAUUUGCAUGUGAUUUCCAUAUCAAAGGCUGAGCCCUUAACCUCGUUUUGAUACAGAAGCGCGGGGGAACUCGCAAAUCACCUAUUAUUUGUAGUUACGUGUUUUCUUUUAUGUUGUUUAGCCCCAAUGCUCCAAUCGCAGCCUAGUACCAGGUCCCUGACAGCUCGUUCCAGCCUUGCGCAGCAGCCUCGUAAGACAUCUUCUUCGUUCCGUUGUGGUUAUUCAUUCCGUUUUCCUGGAGAGAGGGUCACGUACAAUCGACAAGUGUCAUCUAAUUCUGAAGGUAAUCUUGAAUACUUACAUCGCUGUCCUCUAAACAAAGAGAUCUCUUCUGAUCAUAAUAAGAGAUGAAUCUGAGAAACAUAACCAUGUUCUUGCUCCAAUAUAAGAAAAACCAACUAGAUAUUUCUUCACCAUGUUUUUAGGUAGUUGCUUUUUUAACUCUUGCCUGCAAUCUUAUCAUGUGCCCAUUUUAUUUCCUGGCUUUCCAAAAUGGAAGGAGCUGAACACAAAAAAAUGCGCGCAAAGGAUGUACUAAGGAUUGUUACGUUAUUGUUAUUGUAAUUUGUUUUCCCACGGAACUCUAAGGAGUUCUAAGAACUCGUUGAAACGUGCUCGUGCGUUCCAGAUCAAAAUGGAUUUUGGAAGUAUUGGUUUCUAGGGAGAGGGGAGCACCGGGCUAACGGGAGAAAAACCUCUUGCGACAAGGGAGAGAACCAACAACAAAUAGACGUUAUUGACGAUACCUACCGUCUUUGCACUCGCCUUAGGAUUGUUGGGAUAAAAGCAAUGUCACGUGGUAUUUCAGGGGGGCAAACAAGUGAUAAAAUUUGCUAAUACGAGUAUUUAUGGUCGAGUUUGUUGAUCCACUCAAAACGAGACGACGAUUUAACAGUCUUGCAAAAUGUGCAGUUCGAGUUUCGACAAGUUUUACGUCAUUAUUACUUGCUGUCACUAUCACUUGCCAUAUUGGUGGGAGGCUAGUACUCGUGCCACUGCUCCACCUUGCUCUCCAGGAUACGCGCAAAGGAUAGGAACACGUGUAUGAAACCUCACCUACCUGCUAAAUUCCAAUUCCAAUCGAAACUUUAAACGACUGAUCAUUUCAGGUAAAAAGUCAUCAACCGGUGGACGCCUACGGCGUACAGGAGGAUUCACUAACCAGGCGAGCUCCGUCGACAUCUCGGACCGUAUGUUCCUAGGUGGUCGCAUCCAGUCUAACCUACCUACUGUCCAGGAGGAAGAGCACGAAAAUAGCCGGCAGUCUGUUGCCUCCACCGACUCUUCCUUUAGCCAGCUGCUGGGUGGAGUGCAGCAGGAGGGGGGCAGCCUAGAGGCAGAAGCCACUCAUCAGCUGGUGACGCUGGUCAUGGACUUCCUCAGCUACCCAGGAGCGGAGAAAGGAGCGGAAAAUUCGAGUUUUGUGAAGACGGAGAGUUAUGAAGUGGUGCAAAUGAGUCAUUACCUUGGUGUUCUCAUGGGGUAUGACAUCAAGGUCGGAGAAUUUACUGGAAAUCCUCGUAGAUUAAGGUAAAAAAUCUUGAAUGUCAUGCUGUCAUGCUUACCAACUUUGUUCAGGGACUUACGCUAGAUUUGUUGUUCGUAUGUACAAAGAUUUAUAUCUGCGAUUAUUGCGAGGUUUUAUGUGUGCAUUGUACAUUUUCUUGAAACUUAGAAGCUGAGAAUGUAUCAAAGUAAUUUAGAACCUCCUACGCAGACUUUCUCAGGGCUUGUGUCAUGAACGUACAUGCGAGUAGAACGCGUUACCGUACUAACCAUGGCGUGACGAAGCGUGAUGCGUGACAAAGACCUUAGACGGUCAGAAAAGUAGGCCAAGCAAUUUAACUUUAUUUUUCGUUUGCAAAAAGCUGUGCGCACGUAUCGAAACAAUUAAAGAAAUAAGGAAAAAAUUCCAGUUCAUGUUAUUAAAGGAAACCAACCUUUCUUCACUCACAGGUUGUUCCCAGUCUUCCAUGCGUACAUGGCCGGGAUUGUACAAGUCCUUGAUCAGAAUCAGGAGUGGGGAAAUGAACUGCUCAAUCUCACUCUUCAACUACUGCUGUUCUGCGCGGCUCCUAAGCCACACAAACGAACGCAGACGCCCGAGUUCUCUUUGAUUUGUAUACCGCCAUUUAUGAGGCAGACCUGGCUCAUGGCUCUACUUAUUAUACUUUACAAGGUAAUGAGGAUAAGUUUCAUCUUCGCUUUAAAAAACCUCCCGGUAAUGUUGUAGAUCCGAAAGUUGCAAAAGGUCUAUCAAUGUGAACGGUCGUCGCCAUGCUAGCGCCAUAUAGGUACCCGCCUUGUAAUAGAACUAGACCCAGUUGUUCGAAGGGCGAUUAGCGUUAACCCAGGGUUAAAUUUUAACUCCGGUUUCUCUUUCUUUUGUUCAAAAGCAUUUUCCCGAAUAAUUUUCUUCUUUUUAGAGCAUUCAGUCAUCAAAUUGUAGGCAAAAAGAGUAAAACUGAAUUUUCUUCAGUUUAAGCUUUAAUAUCUGAAAUAAAAUUUCGCACUAACCCUGGGUUAACUUAACCCUGCUUUGAACAAUGCGGCCCUGAGAAGUUUAUCUCAGCAGUCGUUCUCGCAAAAGUCGUUGAAGAGUUGUGUCCAUCAAAUCGCUGCCAUCGCUAAACCUGUUUUCACAAGGUAGGCAGGCGAAACGAUUUUACUUUCAAAGUACCUCCUGAUUCACUGAAGUAGUUGGUGGAUUGGUAGAGGGGGGCGGGGAUGCAAACCUCUUAAACCUUCCCAUUACAUCUCGGCUGCCUCUUCUGCGUCCUUUUAUCGUUUUUAAAAUCACUUUAGACUCUAAUUAUAUUUUUCUCUACUUUAUUUAGUUUUAAGACCAUACGCUGAAUAUUCAUUAUUGUUGAAAUAGUUUACAUUUAUUUAAGCAGUGUUCGCCGAGUUCAGUAUUGGCAAAGCUUUUAAAUAGUUCUUUGAUUUUUUGAUUAUUGUUCCAAAUUUAUUUCCUUCCAGUAUCCUUUCCACGCUGAUACUCAUAAACGAAACACAAAGAACCUAAUACUCGUGGUGCUGAACACGCUGGAGGCCCAGGAUCACGUCUGCAAGGGGCCCAAAGAGAACUUUCCAAAGAGGGCGAGCGUGGCAUCUAUUUUUGGGGAAUCUUUUGCUGUUGGAACAGGAGAUACUGCAGUGGGUCCAGGUAUCAGAUCAACUUUUCAAAGCUUAUUUUUCUAGGGUAUACACUUCGCGAAGAGAUCAUCUGACCCCAUGAGGUCUUUGUUAAGUCUAGUGACAGGGUCUAAGUUCAUGCAGCACCUAGCCUAUUACUGGAAAUGGGUAUGUUGUGAAAACAUCCUGUCUUGUAAGGGUGUUACCGUCCUUAUUUGCCCAGGGAUGAGUGGCCAGUUUCCUUCUUGGCGGUGGAACUUCGGAAACGGGAGGGAAGGUGACACGACAACUUCCUAAAAAAUGAUGGACUGGAGAUGGGCGACUAAGAUAAUCAGUGUUAAGUCAAAUCGUGAGUGUUUGCUCACUGAACGUUCAAUUAAUUUGUCAUUUCUUCGAAUGUGCAGAUCUAUAAGCACUUUCAUAGCCUGAUGGUAAUUUUCCAUUUUCUUGAAGUUCAAUUUACUGUGGAAAGCCCAGGACUUUCUCUCUGUCAAUGUAGUGACGAAAAUUCAAAAUGAUUGAGUUAAACCACUUUUAACUCAAUCAGCGGUAAUUUUUAUUUUUACCGCGGCAGGAUUAGCUCAAUUGGUAGAGCAAUUAAGUGAUAAGCGGGAGGUCGUGUGUGUUCGAUUCCCGGGGCCGGACCAAUACUCAGGGUCUUAAAAUAACUAAGAAAUGAAGGUACCUCCUUUGCCCUGCAAGCGGCUAAACCUUCGCAUGGCUCGGAUGACCAAAAUGGCGGAACCAUCUCCAGUUGAAGACGUAAAAAUGCUGUCCCCAAUUAGCACUUUCGUGCUAAAUAUAUUGACAUUGUUUCAUUUUGAUAACGCUUUCGUUGGCCUACUAAUUAUCUGGUUGGCUGAUUGAUCAAUCAAUCAUUUUCUUCCCCUUAUUUAGAAACGCCAGGCAGUCCCACUCUUCGUCGUUCUACCACAGACAGACAGUUGUCUUUAACAACCGCUAACAAAUUACGUGAAGAAGACGACAAAACCAGACGAUUGCCGGAGCGACAAAUUUCGUCUCCUUCUUCGUUUGGUAGCAUUAGCAAAGCGAAAGAGAGAAUAGAAGAUGAGAAAGAAAAAGACGAAAAACUGUUGGAGGGGAACCAAGAUGUGAAGUUGUUCUCCGAGACUCCUUUUGCUAAUGCCGGUGGCGUCAACUCAUCAGAAAGACUCCUGCCUUCCAGCACCCCCAUCCAGGACCUCCCGGCCUUUGCGCGAAGAGUGCUUCCUAGUACUAGCAGUGAGGAAGAAAAGGGCUUGGAGUCUAAGAUCGGCUUCGACGGACAGCCUGGGACCGAGAACAAAGGACGAAAAGGUACGGGGAACUUGAGACCAAGCUGUAGUGUGAAAUUAAUGGUCUUGAAGUCAUUGUCAUGUCCGUAUAAAAGAAAUUUUUGGCUUCAGAAUCUUGCAUUGACAAAUCUUGAGCGAUUAAAUGACUUUUAAGUUGUUGAAAUUUCUUCGGUGAACGCAAUAAAAGAAUGGCAGAUUUUUAAAUUUAAAAGUUUGAAUAUGGCCGUUUUGUUCGUAGUUAACGGAUUAGUUUUCACGUGUAAUAAUUGAAGAUGAUCAUCUUAAUUUAAGAUAAUUUUUAAAACAAUUUCAGAUACACUAAUACUAAUUAAACCUGAUACAUAACGUCCAUUAAACUACUAUUUGACGCAUCCUUUAAAGGUUUUACGGUGCUGAAAGUUCUAAUGUUUUAAAUGUUGUUUCAGCUCGUCCUUUGUCAUGGAGAAUACGAAGGACUCGCAAUGAACGUCCCUUUCUCGGCGGCUUUUCAUUGCGUUUAAAGAGACCGCCGCUGUUAACUGGUUAGUAAACAAUGCUUCGUUUCCAGGCGGCCAUAAAGAGAGGGACGCCAUGGGAACGACGCGAAGCGCGCCCAGUUCCACCGCGUGCAAACGUCUGAGGCGUUUCUCUUUUUAUUCAGUUUGAUUCCUUGACUAUUUAGCGGAAACUUGCCUUGGUCAGGAUUUAUGAAGAGUUAGUUCACUUACCUGUCCUUACAUUGUUCUAAUAGUAAUGAGCUUCUUUUCGUUGUAAAUGCUUCGCGCACGAGUAGAAUUAUGAUCAUGGCAAUUCAAUUAUGGCGCCGACAUUAACCUCAGUUAAUCAGUUUUCAGACGCUUAGAACAUUUUUUGUCAACGUUCAAAUAUAUUAAGCUUUGACAAGCGAAAGAAAGAAUAAAAGCUAAGCAGAGCUGACGUCGCAGAAACCGAAUUGUAGCACGUAAUAAAAUCUGCGACAAUCGUAAGUCAGUAGUAGGUUUGAUUCACAGGAUGCAACGGGUGUCGUAGGCCUAUAGUAAGUCCAUAGCGUGCGACAAAGUUGAAAGGUAUAAAUCGGCCUUUCAACUCAGCUGGAAUAGUAACGGUCACCUGGAGACGAAGCUGAUGAAAACCUCUUAACUUUGUAAUCUACAUUUAAACAUGUAAACUUAAAGAUUUAAAAUUCUGCGGGAAUGAUUAACAAUAAAGUCACCUUAAACUUCUUAAAUCUUAAGGUGCAAUUUUUUUCACCUUUUUACACCAUAAACGAGCCAUUGUUAAAAGAUCUAACCCUGUGUUAAAACAUAACGGUGAGCUUGUGAUCAGUUCAAUUAAAAGAAAAAUCGGUCUUUGGUAUUCCUUGGUGGUACCUUCUAUUAUAUUUUUCUCCUUUGUUAUCUAGUCUCAGUAGACUCGACCACCAGCCACGACACACGAGAAAUAGACAUCAGUAGAUCGGGAAGCAUAGAAGGUUCACUUUCUGUCAAUGAAUUCAGAAGGGGUUCCAAGCCUCGGCUGGCACCGGGGCUCUCCACACGGUCUUUUGACAAGACCCUUGACAGUAACGCGGAAAAGGAGCCUUUUGAUAAGGACCUUGAUCUUGAUUGGUGCCCAGAGUGUGGUACCUCGCUCGAGCAGUUUGAUGAGGAGACUCU